CAGGAUUUCCAAACCUGCCUUUUAACCCACUGAGCCGGGCUCCAAAGCAGAGCUUCCUGCCACCAUGAAAACAAUCAUUGCAGCCUGUUCCCAAAAUCUGAGUGGCAGCCGUGCCAGCCUCCAUGCCGCCCUGCGCACACUGCUGGCCGUGCCAUGGCCCUCACAGAGGGAUGUCCGUGCCUGGCUGCAGCUCCUCGCCGUGCUCCAGCCCCAUCACCCUGGUGCUGCUGCUCUACCUGGUGUUCACCCGCUUCUGGCCCAUCUCUGCUCUCUACCUGGCCUGGGUCAUCUUUGACUGGGACACACCAGAGAAAGGCGGCAGGAGGCUGCCAUGCUUGAGGAGGUGGUCUGUGUGGAGGCAUUUUCGGGAUUAUUUUCCUGUGAAGUUGGUGAAGACACACGACCUGUCCCCCGGCCACAACUACAUCAUUGGUUCCCACCCCCACGGCAUCCUCUGCGUCGGCGCCUUCUGCAACUUCAUCACAGGCUCCACCGGCUUCUCUGAGCUGUUCCCAGGCAUCCGGCCCUUCCUCACCACACUGGCUGGCAACUUCCGCCUGCCCCUCUUCAGGGAGUACCUCAUGAGUGGGGGCCUGUGCCCAGUGACACGCCGUGCCAUCGGCCACCUGCUCUCCAACAACGGCACCGGCAACGCCGUGGCCAUCGUCAUUGGAGGAGCAGCUGAGUCCCUCUCCUGCAGCCCCGGUGUCACCACGCUCAUCCUGAAGAACCGUAAAGGCUUCGUCCGCAUGGCCCUGCAGCACGGCGCCUUCCUCGUGCCCUCCUUCUCCUUCGGAGAGAACGAGCUGUUCCGCCAGGUGGUGUUUGAGGAGGGCAGCUGGAUGCGGGCCGUGCAGCAGCGCUUCCAGAAGAUGAUGGGUUUUGCUCCCUGCGUUUUCUAUGGCCGUGGCCUCACCUCGGUGCACUCGCGGGGCUUCCUGCCCUACGCCCGGCCCAUCACCACCGUGGGUGAGCGGCUACAAGGGGAGGAGGAGGGUGUCUAUUUGACACCGGGAGGUGGAACUCGGUUCACGUCCCACCAAGCUCAGUGCUGCCCUGUGAUGGCUUCCCUUCCCGCAGUGGGGGAGCCAGUGACGGUGCCCAAGAUCGAGGAGCCGAGCAGCGAGGUGGUGGAUCUGUACCACGGCAUGUACGUGCGCUCCCUGCUCAAGCUCUUCAAUGACAACAAGACCAAGUACGGGCUGUCAGAAGGGGAUGAGCUGCGCAUCGUGUGAGUGCUGUGGGCAUGGGGACGUGUGGCUGACAAGGCCCUGCUGCUCCCCCUCCUCCUCCUCUUCCUCUCCUGGCACCCAAAGGCUGGUGGAGACCCCAGAGGUGCUGCCUCCAGGAUUGCAGUGAUGGGCACGGCCCCAUACAGUCACCAUGAGCAGAAGGAGGGCGUAGGGUGUCGUGAGGAAGAGGAGGGAGGUCGUAGAUUUGCAUCCCCAAGGCCGGGCAGGGGAGGUGUUCCCCCCUUGGAGCAGGGGGAGGGACACUCAGACACAGGAACCGGUGACAGUGGCCUCGACGUGGUUGUUGGGUGAUAUCUGUCAUACAAAUUUCCAUCCCCUCA